AAACUAAGUAGUAUAAUAUCCUUAAAGAGGCCUGUGCGCUAAACACACUUGUGUUUGUAGAGAAAAGAAAUGGGUCUAGAGGGGAAGGUGGAGGAAGAGUUUGAGAUCAACUCGCCAGCGGACAAGUUCUACAAAUGUUUGAGCUCCGAACUCCACCAUCUUCCUGACGCCUCACCGGCCAAAGUCCAAGGAGCUGAAAUUCUUGAGGGCGACUGGGUCACUCCCGGUUCCGUCAAACUCUGGAACUACACCAUCGAUGGAGUACAUGAGGUAUUCAAAGAGAAGGUGGAAAUAGAUGAGGAAAACAAGACCGUGACGAUGGUGGGUGUGAGCGGACACGUCCUCGAAAAGUACAAGGCCUACAUGAUCGUCUAUCAGGUUUUCCCCAAGGGUGAGUCCGGGACAGUGAAGCUUUCGUUGAUCUAUGAGAAGUUCAAGGAGACUGAUGGCGAGCCGCACAAUUAUCUCCAGUUUGGCGUUGAUUUCCUCAAAGAUCUCGACAAACACUUGACCGCGAAAAAAGGUUAAGGUUGAUAAAAAGAGCUGAAAGAAAAUGUCCUGAAUCCUGUAUGUUGUACCGAGUGGCGAAGAUAAAGAGAAGCUACUGCUUCUGACUUCUGAGAUGUGCAGAUCAGUGAUUCAGUGUGUGAUGCUGUGGGUUUAUUAUUAUGCAGAAUAAAAGCUUGCAUGAAUCACCGGCUUUUCAUGUUGUUAUAA